AUGCGAAGAAAAGCUUGCUCGCCCUUCCCUGCAUCACGCCAGAGUACUUCAUAUAGAGGGACGGGGGGUACCCAGCUCCAUACACCCAUGCGCUCCAAUUUGCGCACUGCUCUUGAUCAAAGAUUCGUCGAAGGGGCUCGAAACUCGUCAUCUCUAGGCGGAUCUCGCAGAGAAGAGCUUCCUAUUAGUACAUACGGGCCGGAGGCACUAUGCCGUGAUGACGACUUGCUUUAUGAUGCAUUCGGGCGCCACCAUGAUCAUCAGCUCUGGCCUGAACAAUUCGAAGAAUCACACGCUGCUGCGAUUCUAGAACAAAGGACGCUGUUUCAGGACAUGCCCGUGUCAGUUCGAGGAAUCGUUCUUGUGUCUGUACAUGAGCUCCCUGAUAAAUAUCGGUCGCUGUUCCCUUUUCCUGCUUUCAACGCGAUACAAUCCAAAUGCUUCCAGCCUGUUUACAAAAGGGACGAUAACAUUGUGCUUGCUGCUCCUACUGGAAGUGGCAAAACAGUUGCCAUGGAGUUGGCCAUAUGUCGUUUACUUAAUAAUCUGAAAGACGAGAGGUUCAAGGUCAUUUAUCAAGCACCCACUAAGUCACUUUGCUCAGAAAGGUUCCGUGACUGGAAUAGGAAGUUCCACUCAUUAGGUCUUCAAUGUGCUGAGUUGACCGGUGACACUGAUUACUCACAGAUGAGGAGCGUCCAAAAUAGCCAGAUAAUUAUAACGACGCCGGAAAAAUGGGAUAGCGUAACACGGAAAUGGAAGGAUCACGCACGUUUGAUGCAGCUGGUGAAACUCUUCUUAAUUGAUGAGGUUCAUAUUCUCAAAGAGUCUCGCGGAGCAACAUUAGAAGCUGUUGUAUCACGCAUGAAGACGAUCGGGUCUAAUGUACGAUUUGUUGCACUAAGUGCUACGAUCCCAAAUUCUGAGGAUAUAGCAACAUGGCUCGGCAAGGAUGCGAUGAACCAACAUGUUCCAGCACACAGGGAGCAUUUUGGUGAGGAGUUUCGUCCCGUUAAGCUGCAGAGGUUUGUGUACGGCUAUCAGUCCCAGUUAAAUGACUUCGCAUUCGAUAAGAUGUGUAGUUCGAAACUUCCUGAUGUACUUGCGAUACAUUCUUGCAGGAAACCAAUUAUGAUCUUCUGCUGCACGAGGAACUCAUCUGUGGCUACGGCAAAGGAACUUGCUCGACUGUGGUCAAUGUCCAACCCUCUAACUCGGUUAUGGAAAGGACCAAGCACAUCAUUCGAAUUCAGUAAUGUAGAUUUAAAAAGUGUUGCCUUUCAUCACGCUGGCCUCAAUUCCGGAGACAGACAGACAAUCGAAAAUGGUUUCUUAAAAGGUCAAAUUAACAUAAUAUGCUGCACAUCCACUCUUGCAGUUGGUGUGAACCUCCCAUGCCACCUUGUGAUUAUCAAAAACACUGUCGGAUGGCUGGACGGCGGCUGCAAAGAAUAUUCGGAUCUCGAGAUUAUGCAGAUGCUUGGUCGUGCCGGGAGACCUCAGUUUGACAAAGAUGCAGUCGCCGUUAUCUUAACGAGAAAAGAACGAGUUGACUACUAUGAACGUCUCGUCUCAGGCUCUGAAAGCCUUGAAAGCUGUUUACAUUUGAACUUAAUUGACCACCUGAACGCUGAGAUUGGGUUAGGCAAUGUCACAAGUGUUGAAUCUGCUAUAAGAUGGCUUGCUGGCACCUUUUUAUUCGUGAGGCUCAGACGAAACCCAACACAUUAUCAGUUGAGGGAAGGUGCAAAUAGGAAAGAUGAAGACGAGAUGCUUCGCCAGAUCUGUGAGAAAGACAUCAGACUUCUCCAAGAGAGUAACUUAAUCUCCACUGAACGCCUUAGGUCCACGCAAUUUGGUGAUGCAAUGGCACGUUAUUACGUGCGGUUCGAGACGAUGAAGACCUUCCUCACGUUAAAGCAUCACGCCACUAUGUCUCAAAUUCUCUCCGUGAUCUCUCAGGCAGAGGAGUUCCGUGAUGUUCGUCUCAAGUCAGGAGAGAAGUCGCUGUUCAAAGAGAUCAACCGUGGAACUGGCAUAAUGUUUCCGGUAAAAGUGGAUAUAGCACUUCCUGCUCAUAAAACAUCACUACUCAUCCAGUCUGAGCUGGGUGCAGUGGAGUUUCCAGGUAACGAACAAUUCCAAAAACACAAGUUUGCGUUCCAGCAAGACAGAGGUUUCGUAUUCUCACACGUUAAUCGGCUUAUUCGAUGCAUAAUAGACUGUCAGAUUGCGCUCCAGGAUUCAAUUGCUACCAGAAACGCCUUGGAACUUGCAAGGAGUUUCGGAGCCAAAGUGUGGGAUAGAUCUCCAUUUCAGAUGAAGCAACUUGAGCAAAUCGGCGUUGUCGCGGUUAGAAAAUUAGCAGCUGCUGGAAUAACCAGCAUUGAAGCUCUAGAGUGCGCAGAGCCUCAUCAGAUUGACAUGAUCUUGAGCAAAAAUCCUCCCUUUGGGUUGAAACUUCUAGGGCGUCUUUCCGAGUUCCCUAAGUUACGCGUGUCUGCCAAGGUGAUAAAAAAGGAGACAAAACACGGUAACCCCAUGAGAGUUCAUUUCAAAGCCGAGGUUGCAUUUAUGAAUGAAAAAUGCCCAACAACUUUUCAGAGGCGCCCUGUACAUGUCUGUUUCUUAGCGGAAACCUCUGACGGAUUGAUGAUCGAUUUCCGGCGUAUGAGUGCAAGUAAGGUCCAAAGUAGCCAGGAGAUACCUUUACACAUAGAAAUGAAUAGCCCAGAUCAGUAUAUCACGUGCUAUGCUAUGUGUGAUGACAUCGCCGGGACUUUGAGAUCAGCAGAAUUGAGGCUUGCCCUCCCAGCUUCGUUGUUUUCCUUUCGUUCUAGUAAGGAGUCAGAUGAGACGAACCAAAGGCAAAUUAUGAAUAUGUCACGCCCACGUAGCAACACUUCUUUGCGGGUCAAACCCAAUAAAGAAUGCAGUCCAGAUGGUUUCGAUAGUGAUGACUCGCUUUUCAAUGACUUUUUGGAAGCUGACAAAGCCACAGAUUGGGCAGCUAUGAAUCACAUAGCAUGCCCAGCGAGUGAGAAUAAGCCACAGGAAAGGACGAGUAAGAAGAUCAAAAGAUCUAAGGAGGUGAAGGAUGUACACAAAGCGGAAGAGCCAACCCAGCUUAAAAAUGGUAGAUGGAGCUGCAACCAUAAGUGCAAGGACAAAACAAUGUGUAAGCACCUUUGUUGUCAGGAAGGGCUUGAGAAACCACCAAGGGUGAACAGAAAGCACUCUGCUGGAGGGAUUGACCGCUCAAAUGGACUCAAUCAAUUGACCUUAUCUGCAAGUACCACCAAGAAUAGCACGCAGAUAGAUAAUCCCGGUAAAACAUGGUUUCAAAAGAAUACAGUUAUAUCCAUACUAUACUUGUCUGUGAGGGCCUCUGUCUUGCCUAAAGCCUCUGUGAGCCAUGUUUCUCCUUUAUACUUGACAUGUACGGAGAUUUCCGAAAUGUUCGAAGCAGUCAUGUCUUGUCAGACUGCAAAUCCCAGGAAAAUUGACGGUGAGAAAUUUGCGCGGGUCCUCUCCAGGGACCUGGUGAGUUUUGACGCAUGA